AUGGGAAGAGGAGAAGAGAGGGACGAUUGGGAAGAAGGGGAAGAGGGGGAAGGAAAGGAGGAGAGAAAGAGGGAGAGGGAGAGGAGGCUGCAUGGCGGACAUCUUUGCGGGUUAAAAUGGGGGUCGUCUGAAAAAGUGGAGGGAGAAAGGAGAAAGAAGAAGAGAAGAGAGAGGGGCAGCGGUUUCAGGGAGAGCGGUGGCGACAGAGGGGUGUCGCCACCUCUUGCUGAUGGCCUCGCCGGCCGGAAAGAGAAGAGAGGAAGAGGAGGCUGCCGUAAAAGGGAGAGAAAAGGGAGAAAGGAGAAAAGGUGA